CGGGUAGUCUAUGUGUGCAACAUGGGCGAGCCGUUGUACACCUUCAAAGACGAAUUUCCAGAUCCCGAUCUAAUCUCCAGUGAUUACGAGCAGUUUGAAGACACGAAAGUACCCAUAGUUAUCGACAAUGGUUCUUUCCACUGUCGUGCUGGUUGGGCAUCAGAGUCCAGCCCGAGAUUAAUUUUUAGGAAUCUCUCUGCAAAGUCUAAAGGGAAGAGGGAUUUGGAGUUGUCUUCAGUUGGAAAUAAUAUUGGAAAUUUGGAAACUGUUCGCUGGGCACUUAGAACUCAGUUUGAUCGUAAUGUGGUGACACACUUUGAAGCGCAGGAGCUGGUGUUUGACUACAUAUUUUCUCAUUUGGGAAUCUACACAUCUGGUCAUGUUGACCAUCCAAUUGUCAUAACUGAACCAGUCUGCAACCCAAAUUACUGCAGGAAUUUGAUGUCUGAAUUGCUGUUUGAAUGUUAUCAUGUACCAAGUGUGGCUUAUGGAAUUGAUGGUCUGUUUAGUCUCUACUAUAAUCAGUCGCAGUCAAGAAAUGCAUUAGUAAUUAAUUCAGGAUUUCAAUCCACUCACAUUUUACCUGUGCUGAAUGGAAAACUCUAUGCAAGUCAGGCAAAACGGAUUAAUGUGGGUGGAAAUCAUGUUAUCAGCUUUAUGCAACGGUUAUUGCAGCUAAAGCACCCAGCUCAUUUGCAGGCUGUGACUCUUAGCAGAGCCCAAGAGCUAGUCCAUGACUUCACAUACAUGGCUGUUGAUUUUAUGGCUGAGCUGAAUGAAUGGAAAGGUGGAGCUGUGCCAGAUGGCAAGCUUAUCAAGAUUCAAUUGCCUUAUACUGAACUUCCAUUAAUGGAUCCUGAAGAAUUGGCACAGAAAGAAGAGAGAGAGCAAGAGCGACGUCAGACACAAGCACAAAGACUCCGAGAAAUGACAUCUAGGAAACGAUUAGAAAAACUGAGUGAGCUAGAACAGCAGUUGGAGUAUUGGAUGUCUGUCCAGGCAAUGGAGGACGAGAACCUUGAUGAGUUUUAUGUUGUACUUGGUCAACUUGAGUUUGAAUCUUCAAAAGACUUGCAGAGCGCAAUAGAUCGGCACAGAGCAUCUAUUGAAAAGAUACAGAUGGCAAUUGCAGCCAGCGAAGCUCGAUAUGAGCAAGAGAAUGAAGAACCAACGACAAAAAGAUUGAAAGACGAUACUUCAGAUGAGCCAGGUCCUGUAAGUGAGCAAUGGCUAAAGAGCAUUCGUGCAAGAAGACAAAGUUUGAUAGAAUCAAGACAACAACGCCAGCAGAGGAGACAGCAGCUGGCUAAUCGAAGAAGUCAUGCUUCAAAGGAGAGGAUGAGACUAAUAGCAGAGCUCGCACAUGAUGAUCAAACUAUAGGAGCUGUCUCAGGACGAGGUAAAGAAAGGCAGAGACAUGACACAUUUGGACAGAAUGAUGAUGACUGGCAUGUCUACCGUACAAUUAAUAAAGAAGCUGAUGACUCUGAUGAUGAAAAGGAAGAGUCUGAACUGCAACAACUUGAGCAGCUUUUACGUCAGCAUGACACUCAAUUUACAACAGUUGAGCCAGAGUUAACCCAUCGACCAUCGAUCGAUACUGCUGGUUUUUAUCAGCUACAUCUUGGAAUUGAACGAUUCCGGACUCCUGAAGUUGUCUAUCAACCAUCACUAAUUGGCAUAGACCAAUCAGGCAUUACAGAGACAACACAGUUUGUUCUGAAACACUUUACUUCAGAAGAACAGCAGCUUCUAGUGGAGAAUGUGUUUGUCACUGGAGGAAAUUCAAUGGCUCUCAACUUUAAAGAACGCCUUGAAACAGAACUCCUGGCGAUCAGGCCAUUUCUAUCAAAAUUCAAAGUUACUUUAAGCAAAGAUCCUGUGUUGGAUGCGUGGCUGGGAGCCAGUCGUUGGGCACGUAACGCAGAGAACUUUGUGGCUGCUUUCUUGACGAGAUCAGAUUAUUUAGAGAUGGGUGGCGAGUACUUGAAAGAACAUUUUGCAUCAAAUGUCUAUGUGGCUACUCCAAAAUAGGCUAGAUAUGCCAGUGAUAUAGGUUGAUUACAUUAGUGUGUAGGAGCUACCUAGUAGACACUGGUAUAUUCAUGAUGAGAUUUUGGUAUAUCAACAUGUUAGAAUGUAGCAGUGGAACUGGUUAAAUUUCACUGGAA